GGAUCUCAAAAGCUCAAGUGCGGUGGAGAACAUCCAUUGUGCUCAAGAUGCGCACGCAGAGGGCUUGAAUGCAUAUACAUGAAGAGAAGGCAAAUGGGACGACCGAAGAAAUUCAAGGAUGCCGCCAACGCGCCCGUAUGGGAAGAUAACGCUCGAUCCGCCACCCCAACAAUGAGCAUCGGCUCCCUGUUGAACUCUUCGGAAGUCUCGGACGGAUCUGGCGAAGAAUCCCACAAUGGAUUUCAUCCAUCUCUGGCAAAUUCACCGGAAUUUGAUGAUGAGCUAGGCACUGGUCGCACUGGACUUACGGCACGCCGGCCAGCCGAGACCCUAAGAAGCAGCCAGCUUGAUUCUGUUCAAGGGGAUCCGAUAUCCCGACGAGACUCGGGAGCUGCAACGAUAUCUGCGCGCGGAGGGACUGCUCAAGCCUGCGCUUGCAUAUCGAGGCUCUCCCUCGCCCUUGAAAAUCUACGGUGCAGGGAAAGCACCGAUUUUCAUUCCAGUUUGUGCGUAUUACGUCGGUGUAUGGCGAUAGCCAGGGAGGUCCUUGUCUGCCAGAUGUGCCCCGUCCAUUAUGACUCGGCGAUGCAAAACGCCCAGGUGCUAGCGACAUUGAUGAUGUCCAUCGCCGAGCAGUUCCGACGUAUCGUCUGGCAAAUUGAAGGCGAAGAAAAGAGGGCCAGCGCCGCCAGAGAGCGCAAGACGGUACAACUUUCAUCGUGCGACAUGACUCCCGAAAGUAUUGACGAUAGCGAUUGGGAGGAUUGCGUUUCUUUCCAAGUGGAGCCUGGGGAGUGGAAAUGUCUGUUGAAGAAGGCGGUCCGCGCGGAAAUCUUCGGUCUUAAAGAUGGAUCACACCCUUGCUAUGCGUUGCUGCUGGAGGGCUUCGAGACCCGUCUGCGAGGAUGGCAUCAUGCUCACCCAAGCUCCGACUGGCCUACCAUUUCACACCGACAAGCGAUCGAGAAUGGCGAACCCUCUUGUUUGAAGCUUUUGGAAAGCUCAAGAAGGGUUAUCGAGCCUUUACAAUUCGAUUGUAUUGAUCUG